AUGGGGGCACUAGACUUAAGGAAGCCCCACAUACUGGUUGUCACAACUGCUAACGAUGGUACAAAUAUACAUGUGGAAAACUUUCUUUCCAAUCAUAGCAGCAGCCAACACACGCUGAAUCACGUAGAUUCCUAUACUUUAUAUUCCGCAAAAUACACGAAUCACGCUAAAGUGUCAAGUGAUAAACCAAUAACCGUUGUGUAUGUAAAUUCCGUAACGAUUGUAGCCGGUGGGACCAAUGCUGAUUCAAUGAGUAUAUCACCAGUACCCGUCGCGUUCUGGGGACGUCAAUUUAUAGUUCCGCAUAUGAAACCGAAAUCUCUAUCAUUGAUUCGUAUAUAUGCUGAGACAAUAAACACCAUAAUAAAAAUUCAAUUAAGGAACAGAACUGUAAACAGAAAUCUCACUUUUGAAGGAUUUCAUGAAGUCAUAUUCGGACCAGAUGCGUUGGUGGUAUUAUCAGACAAACCAGUAAAUGUUGUGCAAUAUGGAAUUUCAAUGAAAUACAUACAUAACGAUAAUGAUAUCGGUGAUGCUUUUAUGGCAUCUGUGCCAGCUGUAAAUCAUUUUAGCAACAACUAUAACUUUCCUUGUCCAUUUAAACAUUAUAACUUUGUAUGCAGAAUUGCAAUCACUAUAAAAAGUGGCGACAUGUAUGGUUUACAGUUGGAUGGACAUAACUUAUCUUCGAUACAAAGUUAUAUAGCUGCGGUACCUCAAAGACCUUUUGAUAAUUACAGAGUAUUGGUAUUGGAACUCUCAAACGGAAAUCACAGACUCGAACACGUAUCUUCAGACAUAAAGUUCUCAGUUUUUCUAUAUAGUUUACGGGAACUUUAUGGGUUAGGCUUUUAUCUCGGAUACUCCUUUACUGCAACAGAAGGAAUUUGUCGAAAUGGAGGAACAUGCUUGGACAGUGGAAGCUGUUUAUGUCAGAUUGGUUAUACCGGCACAAACUGUGAAAUGACAAUGUCUACCUUAACGUGUUUCUCUUGCCAGUACGCGUCUGCUUUAGCUUUCUGCGACAGUAUAGAACAUUGUACAGAAAAUCAGGUAAAUUUAAUAGCAUUAUUAAGACAAAAUAUAGGUUUCAUUGCCGUCAGUGUUCAUGUGGAUUUAUGCAAACCACAUUAGCUUUUACUUUACAGACUUUGACAUUCUCAACUCUUUUACUGUUUUGUUCUAUAAAGAUGCAUAUCUUUAUAUUUUAUAAAAUAUAUAUUAAAAUGUGUAUUAAGCCUAUAUUCAUCCAUAGCGUUCAUUUUGACAUUGUAAAAAUUGUCUUCAAAGGAAGACAAAGUAAGGGGUUGCUUUUUAAAAAGCGCAUGUCUCCGAAAAGGCUUCAUUUAAAUGGAAGGAUGAAUUGAUACAUAAUAAUAGUUCAUAGACAAAAAUAUGUUUUGGAAGAAAUCUGGGCAUAAAAAAAUAUGAAGAGCGUGCUCAAUGUCGUCCGUAUCAGACAUUUAAUCUAAAUGUAUGACCUUGACUAUGAAAUGACGUUACUGAAAGGGUAUGUAGACUCAUAAUGGUUACCACAGCGAUUUGAAAGAUACAAAGCAGACCUGUACAGAAAGAUAUCAGCACCAAAAUAUUCAGGGGGGGAAUGAUAUAACAACAGCAAUUAUUAAAUAUGUCUGUCUGUCUGUCUGUUUGUUUGUUUGUUUGUUUGUUUGUUUGUUUGUUUUGGGUUUAAUACCGUAUUUAAACAGUAUUUCAGUGAUGUAACGGCGGGCAGUAAACCUAACCAGUGUUCCUGGGUGAAUCUGUACCAGUACAAACCUGUUUUCCGCAAGUAACUUCCAACUUCCCUACAUGAAUCAGAAGUCGGGGACGAAUGAUUUAAGACAAAUGUCUUUUAUCAUAUCGUCACGGAGAACAUACGGCCUCUCCGAGCUACACAUGAUUGUAUUGUUAUGCAGUAAAUGACAUGCAGUUCUUGUCAAUGAAUAUCAAGAUAUUGUCUAGACAAAUCAAACGCCUGAAGGGCCUGAGUCGGCUAAUGAUUGAUGUACUGACAGUAUAGUCUACCA